AAACAAACAUAGUGUAGUAUUUUCUUCUACCAUUUGAACAACGGUGCAGUGCAGCGGGUUUCUCUCUCUCUUCUCUCUGUAUUCCAUUCUCUCUCAUCGCCUUCUAAUGGUCUCGCACUGUCCCACAAAAUCACCCGCCGGCGCUAGCAAUGACAAUCUUGAACUUGAAGAAGUUAUUUCUAAGGGAUCACUAGACUUUGAUGAAUGGGUUUCACUGAUUUCAGAUAUUGAGAAAAUAUAUCCUGAUAAUGUGGAGAAAAUAUGUCUAGUUUACAACCAUUUCUUGUCCGAAUUCCCUUUGUGUCACGGGUAUUGGAGGAAGUAUGCUGCACACGUGACACGGUUAUGCACCUUGGAAAAGGUUGUUGAAGUGUUUGAACGAGCCGUGUCAGCUGCAACAUAUUCGGUUGGCAUGUGGGUUGAUUAUUGUAGCUUUGGUAUGUCUGCUUUUGAGGAUGCAUCUGAUAUUCGGAGAUUGUUCAAGAGAGCCAUUUCCUUUGUUGGGAAGGACUACUUAUGUCAUACCUUGUGGGACAAGUAUAUUCAUUUUGAGUUUUCCCAGCAGCAGUGGAUUUCACUUGCUCACAUUUAUAUCCAGACUCUUAAGUUUCCAACAAAAAAGUUACACCCGUAUUAUGAUAGUUUUAGAAAGUUGCUAACCUCUUUGGAAGAGGGCAUGACAAGCCUGGACAAUUCUCCAAAGGAAUCACAAUCUGAACCAUUUGAUGGUGAAAUUCCCAUGACUACAUGUUGCAAUGAUGACAAGACUUAUUGUAUUAUCAAAGAUAUGGUGGAUUCGUCCGCUGGAUUGACCAGUUCAAUAGCACUAAAAAAGUACAGGAUCAUUGGAGAACAGCUUUAUCAUAAUGCUUGUGAGUUGUAUUCGAAGAUUAGUCCUUUUGAGGCAAAUAUUCAGAGAUAUUACUUUGAUGUCCGGCCACUUGAUUCAAAUCAAUUGCAGAAUUGGCAUGAUUAUCUGGAUUUUAUUGAACUUCAAGGGGAUUUUGACUGGGCUGUGAAACUUUAUGAGAGAUGCUUGAUUGUGUGCGCCAAUUAUCCGGAUUACUGGACGCGUUAUGCGGAUUUCAUGGAAGCCAAGGGAGGAAGAGAAAUAGCAAAUUAUUCUCUAGACCGAGCAACCAAAGUUUAUUUGAAGAGUGUGCCAGCAAUGCAUUUAUUUAAUGCUAGGUUUAAGGAACAAAUAGGAGAUGUUUUAGCAGCUCGUGCUGCAUAUAUCCGUCGUUGUAAUGAGACAGAUUCAGACUUUGUGGAGAAUGUUAUAUCAAAAGCUAAUAUGGAAAAACGUUUGGGAAAUACGGAUUUAGCUUUCAGUAUAUACCAAGAAGCAAUUGAAAUAGCUGCAGCAGAGGAAAAGCUACACGCCCUACCCAUUUUAUAUAUUCAUUUCUCUCGGCUAAAAUAUAUGAGUACAAACGAUGUGGAUGCUGCCAGAGUUGUCUUAAUUGAUGGUAUCAAAACUUUGCCUCAAAACAAAUUGCUUCUGGAGGAAUUGAUAAAGUUCUCUAUGAUGCAUGGAGGGCAAAAACACAUUGAUGUAAUGGAUUCAAUGAUUGCUGGUGCAUUAUCUCCAAGGUCUGAUGGAUCUGAAGGUCUGAGUUCAGAAGAUGCAGAGGAUAUAUCAAACUUAUACCUAGAGUUUGUUGACUAUUGUGGAACCAUACAUGAUGUGAGGAGGGCAUUGAAUCGACAUAUAAGAUUAUUUCCAGGCUCUGCGCGGAUAGAUUUACAUCAGCAAUCAACUAAAAGUAGAAGAGCACUGAAUUUGAUCAAGGACAAGAGAGAAGAGGUUUCUGUCGCCAUGCCUAAUCAAGCACCUAGAGAUCCUAGUUCUAACUUGGAAAAUCAUAUUGUUCGGUCUAAUGAUACAGAUACGGCCUGUCUUCAAAUUGUGGAAUCUGAUGACAAAGCAGAAGAUAAUGCAAGGGAAUUACAUCUCUCAGUUUCAGAUGAGCCAAGAGACAGUGACCCUGAAAGGAAUUUGUCGCCGUCAGAUUUAGUUGGAGUUAAAGAGGAAUCUACCAAAGUUAAUAAUUUUAAAAAAGAUUGUUCUGAAUCUGGCAUUUCAUCAGAAAAUUUGUUACAUCAAACUGCCAGUGCAAAUCAACCAUCACAAACUGUGCAAGCAUCCUCAAAUGAGAACUCUGUUUUUCCUCAGGGGAAGUGUGAGCUUGAGACUGAAGAAUUGAAGCCACUUUCUGAGACAAGUGCGCCACUGAACAUCCGGGAAAGCACGUGCCCUGAUUCGGGACUAGUGGCAUCUCAGGUGGAGUGUGAGACAAUUCAGGAAAGCUGCAAGUCAAAUAGUAGAGAAGUAGUGGGUGGUUAUACCACAAAUCGGUACAACUCUUCAAGAAGCGCUCAAGAUUCCGAUUAUGCUCAAGUUCACGUUGAGAGAAACAGGCCGUAUUCAUCAUCUCAGGUGGAGUGUGAGACAAUUCAAGAAAGCUGCAAGUCAAAUAGUAGAGAAGUAGUGGGUGGUUAUACCACAAAUCGGUACAACUCUUCAAGAAGCGCUCAAGAUUCUGAUUAUGCUCAAGUUCACGUUGAGAGAAACAGGGCGUAUUCAUCAUCUCAUCGAGACCAUAGAAUGAAACGACCACUACCACCCCGGUAUUCUAGAAAUAGUGGUGGAAAAUGGGGUCCAAUGAAAAAUGAUGGUAAAUAUCGUGGAGGGCCCAAAUAUGGCAAUCGCGGGGGUCCCAAAUAUGGUGAUCGUGGGAAUACACAUAGAAGAGAGCACCAGCACCAACAUUUAUCUCCAAAACAAAUUCAUCCAGCUGAUGGGGGAGCACAAUUUCCCAUAACUCCUGGGUGUUCUCAAUCUGCAUUGCAAGUACAGCAAUGCGAUCAACGUCAAGACCAAUUUCAAGUCACUACUUCGACUGCUGAUUUUGUGGCACCUCAAAGUUGGCCUAUACAAAACAUUCAGAUACAAAACUCUUUGUCUCAGUCCCAAUUACCAGCUAGUACCACACCAAACGUAUUACAAUAUGCAAAUGCAAUGCAAGGCAAUGAGCAAUAUGGAUAUAUGCAGAAUGGCCAAGACUAUAAUCAGAUGUGGCAAAACUAUUACUACCAGCAGCAGUUGCAACUACAACAGCUUUAUAUUCAAUUGCAACAACAACCAUUUCAACCGGAAUCGUCACAACAACAAAGUCAGCCAGAACCUCUUCAACCACAACAGUUGCAACCAUUGCAAUUACAACAGCAGGAUCUGCAGCAGCAGCAGCAAUACUUUCAACAGCAGCAACCACAGCAGCAAGAGCAUUCUGUGUACCUUCAUCCGGCACAGCCGUCGACACAGAGCAACAAUAAUCCCCUAGAAGACCAAGCACAUGCAAUAGUGAUAUCGCAGCAGCAGCAGUUGCAACUACAACAGCAUUAUAUUCAAUUGCAGCAACAAUCAUUCCAACCGGAGUUGUCACAACAAGUUCCACAACAUAGUCAGCCAGAACUUCUUCAACCACAACAGCUGCAACAAUUGCAAUUACAACAGGUUCUGCCGCAGCAGCAAGAGCAUCCUGUUUACCUUCAGCAGGUACAGCCGCCAACACAGAGCAGAAGCAAUUCUGUAGAAGACCAAGCACAGGCAAUAGUGACACCGCAGGGCCAAGAAGCAAUAUCAUCACAACAAUCAGGCGACCCUGGGUUGAUUUCUUCUCCUGCUCUGCACCAUCCCCAAGAGAAACCUACCCAAGAAGAGUGACACGUUUCCUUUUAGAUUUGAUAGGUUUAGUUGUAAAAUCCAGAAAUUACUACAUUCUAAACAAAUUUUUAGCAGUUUCCAACUAAAAGAAAAAAAUGUUCACAGUAAUUUGCUUUAAUAGUGCAAGAGUGUGUCAAAAUUGUUUGGUCAUCCUAGUGAGUUGCUAAGUUUUGAUGAUAGUGUAAUAGUGUAUAUUCCAACACGGUUAUGUCUCUUAUGGAUUUGAUAUCGCAACACACUC